CUGCAUUCGCCGCUCUUCGUCCAACUUACCAACGACCUCCUCUGGACAAACAGCAAGACAACGAAAGAGAAAGAGAAUCUGCCCACCCACAAAGCGGUAGUCAACAAGCGUCAGGAACUCCGGCGAAGAAAGAAGGAACUCAAGCGUCGUCGCAAGGUUUUCGACGAACUCAACAACAUCUAUACGCCCAAGCCGUACGAACCCAAGAUGCUCGGCCCCAACGGUGCCGCGACGGAAGAGAAGGUCUUCGAGGAUGACCUUUCGGAGGUGGUGAUUUGUCCCGACUGCAAGGAGUAUCCGCCGAACCUGGUCGAGGAGUUCUCGUCCGGCGACAUGGUCUGCGGCUCCUGCGGCCUCGUCGUCGGCGAGCGCAUCAUCGAUACCCGUUCCGAGUGGCGUACGUUCGCCAACGAUGACCAAGGCAACGACGAUCCCUCCCGUGUCGGUGACGCGGUGAACCCCUUGCUGAACGGCUCCCAACUCGAGACGACGAUCGCUUUCGGCGAGGGCCGCGAUUCCAAGAACUUGGCGAGAUUGCAGGGAAAGGGCCAGGACAAGACUUCCAAGUCUCUGCUCCAGGCUUACCGGGAUAUCGGAAGUUUCUCGGAUAGUAUCAACCUCGGCAAGACCGUCAGCGACAGUGCGAAGCACAUUUUCAAGUUGACUUUCGAUCACGGCUUCAUGAAAGGAAAGCCCCAAGAAGGUAUUUUUACGAGCAUGCCAAACCCCAAGGUCAUGCACAGGAAGCUGACACUUUUCCCAGCGGUCAUCGCAGGAUGCAUUUUCAUUGCUUGCCGUCAGGCCGGUGUAGGAAGAACAUUUAGGGAGAUUUUCCAGGUUACCCACGUUUCCAAGAAGGAGAUUGGCAGAGUCUUCAAACAGCUUGAAAGCUUCCUCCAGAAAGUCAAAGAAGAGAACCCCAGCGGCGCCGGAUCUGUGUCGAAUCUCGACGGUUACAAGGCUAGUGCUUCUACCAGCGCCGAGGACCUCUGCACCAGAUUCACGUCCAACCUCAACUUCCGCAAUGCACAGAAGGUGGAAAACAUCUCCCGUGCGCUUGCCCGGAAGACGUCGACAGUUUCGGAGCUGGCUGGACGAUCUCCUUUGUCCGUUGCAGCAGCCUGUAUCUACAUGGCUUCCCAUCUCCUCGGCGAACCCAAGACGUCGAAACAGAUUGCCGGUACUGCUGGUGUCAGUGACGGCACUAUCCGUACGGCAUUCAAAUACCUGUACCAGGCCCGCGAGAGCCUUAUCGACAAGGAGUGGGGCAUCGACCAGAAGGCUAUCGACGCUCUCCCGGUGAACUAG